AAUUCCCACUCUUACCUCAUCAAACUACAGUAGAGAAACUAUCAAGAACCUAAAACCCUUCACUCUCUCUCCUAAAACCCUCCGGCGAAGAAAUGUCGGCAUUAGUACCGGAAACUUCUCGCCGACUAAUUACGCCGGAAACUAUCCGUUUAGCGGCGAAACAAUCGUCGAAAUGCAACGUCAUUCCCGACCGUCUUCGUCGCGCCAUUGAAAAAUAUCUUCAAGAGCAAGAAAUGGGGCAUAUAAAGAAGAAAGUACUGAGAUUAACGGAAUCUUUCGCGGAAAUUAAGGAUGUAAAUCGGUUGCUUCCAUUGUCGAUAUCAAAGGAGCUUGUUGAGGAUCCAUUGAAAUCAAUGGAGCAAACAAAGAGGUGGAAAAUUAAGAGUGAAUAUGGUGAUAUUGGAUUAACUUACACAGAUGAUGAGACUGUUGCUUAUGUUGCCUCUCGAAUGCCUGCUGUUUAUUCUGCUUGUUUUAGAAUCCUGCGUGAGAUACGAAGAAGAGUUCCGGAUUUUGCUCCAGCUAAAGUGUUGGAUUUCGGGUCCGGUACUGGUUCGGCUUUCUGGGCUUUGAGAGAGGUUUGGCCGCGCACAAUGGAGAGGUUCAAUUUAGUUGAGCCCUCACAAUCAAUGCAACGUGCUGGUGUUAGCCUUGUUCGAGAUAUCAAGAACUUGCCACUUAUUCACAGCUACAGUAACAUUCAAUCCUUAACUCAAGAUAUCAAAAAGGCUGAAAGGGAACAUGACCUUGUCAUUGCUUCCUAUGUUCUUGGAGAAAUUCCGUCACUGAAGGAUAGGAUUGCAAUAGUACGACAACUGUGGGGUCUUACUCGAGAUAUUCUGGUACUUGUUGAACCAGGCACACCUGAAGGGUCAAAUAUUAUAUCUCAGAUGCGAUCACAUAUUUUAUGGAUGGAGAAGAGGAAAUGCCGAAAACGUAAAGAUACAUCUGAUGAUGCUCCCGAAAAGCGCGGAGCUUCCAGAGAUGGUGCUUAUGUAGUUGCUCCUUGUCCACAUGAUGGGCCUUGUCCACUGGCAAACACUGGAAAAUAUUGUCACUUUGUUCAACGGUUGGAAAGAACAGAAUCACAGCGUGCAUUUAAGAGAUCAAGCGGUGCACCUUUACGUGGGUUUGAGGAUGAGAAGUUUUCCUAUGUUGCGUUGAGACGAGGAAAAAGACCACAGGAGCCUUGGCCUCUUGAUGGCAUAAAGUUUGACACCUUAAAAGAACUGCAUGCCAAAAGAAAACCUGAGGAUCUUGAAAUUGACUAUGAGGACCAAUAUGAGCAAGAAACUGAUGAUAUUGUUCCCUAUGAGGCCCAUCAUUCUUCAUAUGAUUCUGAUGCAACAGAAUCUGAUGCUGUUACCGAUCAUGAAGAGGAAGAAGAGCAGGCAGGUCGUGCAGAUUUAGGAAGUGGUUGGGGAAGAAUAAUCUUCAUGCCUCAAAGGAGGGGCAGACGUGUUGCAAUGGAUGUUUGCCGGGCCACCAAGCGUGAUGGUUCUGAAGGCUCGUUUGAUCAUAUGGUCAUUACACGUGCGAAAAAUCCAACCUUACAUCAUCAAGCUCGGAAGUCUUUGUGGGGGGAUCUGUGGCCUUUCUAGGCGAAGCUGAUAGUUUUCACUUUUCAUGCUGAGUUAUCUAAUUCACAUGGCAGUGCGGUGAUUCGUAGAUGCUGCAUUUGCUCUUUGCAUGUCGAGUUAUGAGAAGUCACUAUUGGAUUUUUUGCCUUUUAGUGACUCUUUGGCUCAUCUUGGGCCACAUGGUGGAAAGGGUGUUUUUCAUAAGUUCAAAUAUUGUCCCAAAUUAGCCAAAGCGCUAUUACCUAUUGGCCAUUCAGACAAAAAUCUCAGUGGUUUUGGCCUAGGGUUUAUCAAUUUUGGCUAGGGUUCUGGAGAGUGUAGAUGUUUAUAUCUUUUCAUCAGAAGCUGGAAAUACACUUGGAUGGAGCAAGGUGCGUCUUUGUGCUGAAGUGCUGAACCUUGGACGCAGCGAUCUUGCAGCAACUAUCCAGAGGACCAGCUCCUGGUGAGGCAUGGUUGAUAAAACCACUGUCAUUUCUAGACAAAAUGUAUCAUGUAUAUAUGCCAGGCGCUGGUCUGACCGUAAAUUUGAUUAUGUUGCAGUCAUACGUAGAAAUAUAUGAUAUUUUUAUCGUGGUGUUUGUACAAGCAUGAGAUGGUUUUAUUCCAUAUUUCUUUUUCCAUCAAUAAUUUAAUCUUUUCCA